AUGGACCUGUCAGCUGAGGUCACCAUCGAGCACUGCACUCACAGUGUAUUAAUGAAGCUCUUUGCAUCACUGACAACCCCCCAGCACUGGGAGAAGAUCCAGCGAAGAGGAGAAAUCUGCCAGUCACAUGACCAGCUUGAAGACUACUUGGAAAGUGUAAGCCAAACUAACAUACAGCAGUUGAGGCUGUCCGUGAAAAUUGUACAGUUCCAUAACAUCUCGUACAGCUUCAAGGCAUCCCCCAAGCGUGUUAUUUAUCAGGAUUUGUAUGUGAAGAUGAACUCAUCGGAUGUGUGUGGCCCAAUCCCUCCUGAGUUUGUUCUCAUUGGUCUCUCAUGGAUCAAUGGCCACCAGACGUUGGCUGCUUUGGUGUUCCUGGUGAUGUAUCUGAUGGCAAUAGUAGCCAACUGCUCCAUAAUUACCAUCGUGAAGAUGGACAGAAAGCUGCAUGAACCCAUGCAUGUCUUCAUAUGUUUCCUGGCACUCAUAGACCUCAGCUUGUGCUCCUCCGUCAUUCCCAAAUCUCUGGCAGUUUUGUGGUUUAGCUCCAACACCAUCAGCAACUCAUUGUGCCUGGUCCAGAUGUAUGUCCUGUAUGCCAUGCUCGGGACCCAGUCUUCACUCUUUGCCCUAAUGUCCUUCGAUAGGUACGUGGCCAUAUGUCACCCUCUCCGUCACUGCGUAAUAAUGAGCAGCUCUUUUAUGGUGAAAUCUGUCUUGUUCAUCAUCUCACGGUCUACCCUUCUGCUGAUUCCCAUUCCAGCAAUGGCGGCCCACAUGACCUAUAGCAAGGUGAAUGUCAUUUCACACUCAUACUGCGAAUACAUUGAAAUUAUAAAGCUUUGGUGUGGAGGCCUGACCUCCUCAGUUAUAUACAUGAUCGUCCUUAUUUUCCUCUUCCCCGGAGGGGACAACAUGCUGGUCAUUUUCUCCUACGUCAACAUUCUGAACGUCAUUCACAGGCUUCAGUCCUCACAAGCUCGGUGGAAGUCGCUCAGUACCUGCAGCUCCCACGCCACCGUGCUCUCCUUGUUUUAG